UUAGAAAAUCUAGGAUAAAUAAUAAAAGCAUGGGAGUCAACCGUGAGAAAAACUCAGCUCCAAGCCGGUCGUCGCCGUGGCUACGUGUUCCCCACCACCUCCGUGGCACAUGCUGAUGAUGCUGAUUCCCCUGACAAAGAAACUUGGUCACAAGAAACUAAUGAAGAAAUUUGCUUGGUCGAAAGAUUACUCCCCGGCGGAGAUUACUACGCCGGGGAGUGGCAUUGUUCAGUGCCGCAUGGCACCGGGAAGUACUUCUGGACGGAUGGGUGCAUUUAUGAAGGUGAGUGGCGACAUGGUAGAAUCACCGGCCGAGGGAAGUUCUCUUGGCCUUCUGGUGCUACAUAUGAUGGUGAAUUCAAGUCUGGAUUCAUGGAUGGGGUAGGUACCUAUACCGGUCCCUCCGGUGAUACUUACCGGGGGACUUGGUCGAUGAAUGUUAAGCAUGGCAAUGGCCAACGGUCUUAUGUGAACGGAGAUUGUUACGACGGUGAGUGGCAGAGUGGUGUGCAAGAAGGAAAUGGCCGGUAUACAUGGUGUAAUGGGAAUGAGUAUAUCGGGCAAUGGCGCGGCGGAGCAAUGCAUGGAAAGGGGAUAUAUAUGCUGAGAAAUGGGGAUAGGUAUGAAGGGAAUUGGGAGGAAGGAGAGCUUAAAGAAGCUUCAGAGGAGUGUAGCGGUAAUUUGAGUGCUUGUAAGGUGUGUUCGGAAGAGACUUUGUCGAUACUUCCUUCACAAAAGGCGAUUAAUUGGACUUGUGUUGAGGAUGGAUGGAAAGCAGUGGUGAAGUCGAAGAGAAGAGCGUCGGCGGAUGGGUCAGGAACAGGAUUGAGGAGAGAGACGAAGAAGCAAGGGGUGACUAUUUCUAAAGGCCACAAAAAUUAUGAGCUCAUGCUUAAUCUCCAACUUGGAAUUAGACACGCGGUGGGAAAACAAGUUUCAAAUGCUUCAUAUGAACUCAAAGCAUCCGCAUUCGAUCCUAAAGAUAAAGUAUGGACAAAGUUCCCACCUGAAGGAUCAAAACAUACACCUCCACACCAGUCAUCGGAUUUUAAGUGGAAAGAUUACUGCCCAAAGGUCUUCAGAACACUUCGCAAAUUAUUCAAGGUUGAUCCAGCAGAAUAUAUGUUAUCUAUAUGCGGAAACGAUGCACUCCGGGAGCUCUCAUCGCCAGGGAAAAGCGGAAGCUUCUUUUACUUGACGAAUGAUGACAAAUACAUGAUAAAAACUGUCAAAAAGGCCGAAGUCAAAGUGCUUUUGAGGAUGCUUCCAGCUUACUAUAACCAUUUUCGAUCUUUCGAAAACACUCUAGUGACCAAAUUCUAUGGCCUGCAUUGUGUUAAACUAGCAGGAGCUAAUCAGAAGAAGGUUCGGUUCGUUAUAAUGGGGAACCUCUGCUGUACAGACUAUGUCAUUCAUCGUCGUUAUGACCUUAAAGGUUCUUCACAUGGCCGAACAACCGAUAAGCCAGAUUCUGAGAUCGAUGAGAACACGACAUUGAAAGAUCUUGAUUUGAACUUUAUAUUCAGAUUGCAGAAGUCAUGGUUCCAAGAGUUUCAAAGGCAAGUAGAUAAAGACUGUGAGUUUCUAGAGCAGGAGAGGAUCAUGGAUUACAGUCUUUUGGUUGGCAUUCAUUUUAGAGAGGCAUUGGCUGAUGAUGUGAUGUCAAAUUACAGUAGCAGUGAUCUCGCAAAAUCAAGAGAAGUAUCUCCUCGUCUUUCAAGAGCAGACAUGGAUCACAUCAAUUAUAACCAACAUAGGGAAAUAAUAAUUAGACUUGGAGUAAACAUGCCAGCCAGAGUUGAGAACAUAACAAGAAGAAGCGACGUUGAAGUUCAAUUCCUCGGAGAUCCGACCGGAGAGUUCUCCGACGUAGUAUUAUUCUUCGGUAUCAUUGAUAUACUUCAAGACUAUGAUAUUAGCAAGAAAUUGGAACAUGCUUACAAGUCCAUACAACAUGAUCCAACCUCAAUUUCAGCUGUUGAUCCAAAGCUUUAUGCAAAACGUUUUAAGGAUUUCAUGUAUAGAGCUUUCACAGAUGAGGCUUGAUGAUGAUCAUGAUACUGAAGAUGAUGAUGCUGAUGAUGAUGAAACAUUUGGACAAGAAGCACUUCAUGGAUGAAUUCAAGAGUUUGAACCAAAUUUAUUGUGAAUUUAAAAGAGUAACUCAUACAUU